UUUUGAGUGGCACUCCUCGCGUCAAGAUGAUGCUGUUGUCGUUGGUGAAGGUGCUUCUCCGGUCGCCUACCGCCGGACGGUAGUGUGUGCUCGUCGUUGUUGUGUUGUUGAUCGCCCGCUCACAGUGCCCUGCCGGCGAGGUGCAUCCUCAAGUGUUUGACGAGACGAUCGUCAGUUGUCGGUGCUUGGAGUCGGUGGAAAACCGAUCCGCUACCUGGUUGGUUACUGCUAUACUGUGAUCUGUGCUGUGAGGAAUCGUUGUAUUAAAGAAGGUGCAAUUGGAAGUGGCUAGAGAGAUGCUUUAUACGCCACAGGUGUCAUCGCGUAACGAAAGUGAAACGACGGUCGCUAUAACUCGUCGAUUGCGACCAAGUGAUCGUGUGACGUGUGAUCCUUUGAGGUGAUCCGGAAUAAUCCGGGGCCCAGGAAUGAGGGGGGUGUCGUGAGUGAGGAACGAGAAUUAAAUUUAGAUUCGCCCAAGGUGAUUUUGAAGGCGAUCACCGGCGAACGAGACUAAUCGCCUUCAAAUCCCUUUUGGUCGAUCAUCACGACGACGACGACGUCGCCGGGAGGGUACCAACGUGCGUGCAGUGUACACAAAGCGAACGACCAAAACAUGCUAACAGCAGAGGCGCAAAAUCCCCCUGAGAUCCGGGAUUCAUAACCGGGAAUUCAAAACAAACUCCUUCUAUUUCUCCCUAUACACCAUUGUGGCAAACGCGUCACAUCCGCCCAACUUGUAACAGUCCUCGGAUCUUCGGAACGAGUUCGGCAAUCAGUAAAUAACGAGAAUAGUGGGAAGGCGAAGAAGAUCGUAAGAUCGCAACAAGCCGCAAGAUCGCGACCGAUUCUCCCCCAAAAAUCCGCAUCCCAUCCGGCAAGCCGCAAGUUCAAGAUGUACUUCUUACGCUUUUGCCAACGGCAACCGGCGCCGGGUGGUGGCGCCUACGCAAAGUUCUACGAAGACGUAGACUCCCAGCAGGAGGAUCCGUUAUAGACUAUCUACCUCACGGUUUGCCCCUCGCCGAGAGAGAUAAUAAUGGUGACAACGAUCAAAAUCACGGGCGAUGGUGUGUUUAUCCAGUCGAACGGUAGUAGUGGAGCGGGUGGCGCCGGUGCAAGGGGUAGACAUGCAGCAAAUGGCGUCCAGGGUAGUACAGCAAUCGGUGAUGCAGCACUACCGAAUGGUGCCCGAAAUGGACGCCAUCAGAAUGGCUCGCUCGAUGUGGUAGACAGUGUUGCUGGCGGUGGUGGUGGUGGUGGUGGUACCCUGACGGUGACUCCUAGUUCAACACCGGAACCGCUGGCCGGUGAUACGAACAACAAUCAUAAGGGUUACCGGAACUUUAACCACUUCCAUCGUCGCUACCAGUCGGAUGAGGGACCCGGAUUCAUCGGUGAGACCACGGAGUUGAAGAACGGCGGAAGUGCCGAAGGCGUCGGCGUCGGCGUUGGAGGUCCCACGAUGCCGGUCGCCGGUGGCGGUGGUGAAAGUGACGACGCGUCCGGUGGCGAUGCCAACCGGAAGCGGGACAAGUUCACGAUUUCCUUUCUCAACACGCACCGCUCGCAGAACUCGGUCGCUGGUAGUGGUGGUGGUAGCCAUGGCAAGAGCAUGCUGAACCACAAGUUCAUCGUGUACAACAGCAAAAAACCAAAGACCUCGACGAUGCUGCAUCAGCAGUACUAUCGGCAGAACGGUGGUGGUGGUGGUGGUGGUGGUGGCUCCCCCCUGCCGUCACCACCUUACCAGAGUCACUACCAACAGUAUCUGUACAAUCGGUUACGCCCUUCGCUCUCGACCUCGGUGCUGACUUCGCCUUCACUGAUCAACGGGACGGCAAGUGCUAGCAGUAGUGGUGGUGGUGGAGUACCGACCACAGCACACCAGUCCAGUGUGCUGUCGAGGAUCGAGCAGACAUCGCAACAGCGGGAACAUGAGCAGCAGCAGCUCUACCAGAACGGGCUGUUCCAUCAGCAGCAUCGUGCCCUGCUCGGUACCCCACCAGCAGCCGUGCCCGGUUGGGCCAAGUCUACCUCUUGUCUGGUGACGAGCAGCACAUCGGCCAUCACCACGGCAUACCGGGCCUCUCCGUUGCUGACUCUGUCGGCCUCGCGCAACUCACCCCAACCGAUCGUGGCUUCCACCAACCCCGGUGAGGUGGGUUCCUCACCGAUGUCAUCGAUUUCAUCCGCUUCCUCAUCGUUCUCGUCAUCCUCAAACUCGCUGCCGUCGAGUUCACCGCCCGGUUCCGGGCCAGGUUCAUCGUCCAACUCACCACCGCCACCUGAAGAGGUACCGGUAGCACCGCCUACUAAGGUGGUGUCACCGUCGUCAACCUUCGCCACAACAGCAACAACAACAACCGACGCGUCUCCAUCUCCAUCGACUUCGACGUCACCGACAUCGCCAUCUGCUCCGUCAACUGCGAAUCUUGAUGUCGAUGUGAGGGGUGCGCCACGGUUUGACCGAAGCACAAAACCUAGUGCCGUUGAUCAG